CCCGCCUCCUGCCCCGGAAGAAGGAAAAGAGUCGUCCCGAGAAAAAAAAGUCUAUUGAGAGCAACAUUAACAGUAAUACGCACAUUUCAUUUCGUUUAUGGUCUUAUUACAUCUGUGCAACAUCAAUUUUGAGGGUUUUACAUCGAAAGAGCUUUCAGGGUAUGGAACAUGGCAGCAACCAAAACCCAGUCCAUGUUAAGCGUCGGAUUGAUUGAAAAAGAUGUGAAUGGAGACACUCUGUGGGUGUGGUGCUAUCCCUCUGUGGGCGCACAACUGAAAGAAGUCCUGCUCAGCAAGUGCUGUCUGACUCAAGACAAGGAAGAUUUUCACACAUUUGUGUUUGGCCAGUUCACUCGUACGUGGUAUUACAUCAGCACGCUGGAGGUGCAGGAACCUACAGCUCUAAAAAAGAUCACUCAUUUUUCAGUGGUAGUUACAGCCAAAGACUUCAACCCUGAGAAAUAUGCUGCUCUCAAUCGAAUACUGUGCAGGAUGUACGUUAAAUACGGCAGUCCAGUGAAAAUGAUGGAGGCAUACAUCACUGUCCUCACCAAAGGUGUUUGUCAAAGUGAAGAGAACGGCUCAUUUCUAAUCAAGGACCACGAUGUUCAGAAGGCGUUCCUGGCAGGUUCAAUCAAAGAUGUGGUGUCUCAGUUUGGCAUGGAAACCAUUAUUCUGUACACUGCUCUCAUGCUGAAAAAGAGGAUUGUUGUCUACCAUCCUCGAAUUGAAGCCUUGUUGGAGUUCACAAGAGUUCUUCCGGCGCUGACGUGGCACAGGAAAGACUGGUCCAUUCUGCAUCCAUAUGUGCACCUGACUGACACUGAACUAGAGCAUCUUACAAAGUGUCCCGGAUAUAUAGCAGGAUUUGUCGAUCCCGAUGUCAGCAACAGAUCAGACCUGUUUGAUGUGUACGUGAACCUCCCAGAGAGCACCAUGACAGUGUCGCAGAGUGCCAAAGAGUCUAUGAUGAUGGGAAAGCUACACAAGGACAUCGGACAACUUAUCAUCCAUUCUGCAGAAGACACAGAGAAGUCAGACAGUCACGUCAUUAAGGACAUUUCCAUCAAGACCAAACAGAUUCUUGCUCAUUUGAAGGCCCUCGCUGACGAGUGUGAAAGCUCUAAACUCACAUUGGAACAUUUAAAGCAGCAUAAUUUCCCUCCUGCAACAGAAAACUUCCUGUUCCAUCUAGCAGCUGCUGAGCAGAUUUUAUGCAUAUGAGCCCGCUUUCAGAUGCUGCGUAGUGACAGGUACUGUUGCCCCCCCACCAAUGACUUCUAUUAUUAUUAUUAUUAAUAUUAUUAUUAACAGUGUGCUGUGUGUCACACAUGAAACACAGAUAUCUUUCUUAUUGACCUCAAAUUCCUAGACAGAAAACAAACCAAGAAAUUAACAUUGUUCUCUUCUAAUAACUGUAAUUCUCUGUUUGACACUACUACCCUGUGCUCACUUGUCUUAAUACCAGAAACAAAAACAAAUACCGUAGUUUGAAGCAGUCUCCAGCAGAGUAGUGAUUUCUGAAAAACAAAUUUUUAUUAUCACAUCCAGAUAGUUUCAUUAUUGAAAAGCACAAGGAAUUGAUUAUCAGCUUUAUUCAAGUCUUAUCUUGUGUUUAAGGGCAACAAUCUAAUCAAUUGAUUCUUCCAUUCCUGCAGAUAUAUUGCAUUGUUCUGGAUAUAGUAUUUUUCAUUUUUAAUAUAUUAUUGCACUGUGGGAUAUGUUUCUGCCUCAGUGUUACAUUAGAAAUAAUACAGUGCAUAUAAUUAAUUAUGUACCAUUGGAGAUUUAAAUGUAUUUUUAUGAACAGCUCAGAAUAUUUUUAACAAAUACAUAUUUUCAAAACUGCCAUGCUUUGCAUUUAUUCUAGAUUACAGACAGAAAAUGAGUAGAGGUUUGUAUGUGUUAAAGCAGAGGUGUCCAAACUUCUGCCACAGAGGGCCGCACACUGAAAAAUCCUAUAAAGCGGGGGCUAUUUUGAUAUUUUUCAUUUUCAAAACCAAUACAAUAUCUGUUUUUUAAACCUUCAGGGCUCCCCUCAAGUUUGGUCCCAGGUACCCGAAAGGGCCAUAGCCAUAAGAAUGUUAAAUUAAAAAAAACAUAUACAUAUAUAAUUUUUUUCUACGAUUAAAUCUCUAGAUCAACUUCAGAUCUGUCAAUACUAAUAUAUAUAUAUAUAUAUAUAUAUAUAUAUAUAUAUUUAACAUUUUUAAAUGUGUUGCCUUAUUUGUGAAAGAAAACUGUUUUUUUAUGGCAAAAACAUUUGCAAUAUUUUCUCCAAAUACAUUUCAAAGUGGAAUAUUGUGAAGUAAUUGGAACCUUAAAUACAGUAGGUCAAUGAUUCUUAACAACAUUGAUUUUGAUUCAUUAUGUUUUAAGCAAUGGCAGUUCUUAAACAAAUGUCACUAAAAUUUGCACGGUUCCAAAAAGGCUUCUUCAGAUCUAUCCGUUGAUUAUACGUUUAUAGAAUUUUUCCUGGGUUUUUUGUUUGUUAGUUUUAUGCUCAUUUUGUCAUAGAAAAAAUAGUUUUUUGAUGGCUAACACACAACAUAUACAAUAUUUCCCCUGAAAAAUAUUUCAAAGUGGAAUAAUUGAUGUAGAGGAAUUGGAGCCUUCAAUGAGUCAAAAAUUCACCACAACAAUGAUUUUGAUCCAAUUUAAUUUUUUGAGCAAUGGCAGUUUUAAACAAAAAACAGCCUGCGUUGCAGCUUUGUGUUUUUAGUCAACAUUUCAACUUAUUCUCAUUACAUUUCACCUCGAUGCCCUUUUAUUCCACUUUUAUUCCAGGGCAGCUGUGGCUACUGAUGUAGCUUACCACCACCAGUUGUGAAUGAAUGUUGAGUCCCAUUUCUCUGUGAGCGCUUUGAGUGUUUAGAAAAGCGCGAUAUAAAUCCAAGUUUUUAUUACUGUUAUUAUUAUUAUUAUUAAUUGUUGUUUUUUGUCAUGGAAUUGUUUACACCACUGUGUUAAAGUGUUGCUCAGAGUCCUCGGUGGUAGAAUAAGCAUCCUUUAACAGCCUUAGCUUGCAGCUCCUUCUCAACAUUUUCUGUCUUUAUCUGGAAAACAAGGCCAGUGUAGGUGAGGUACGGUAAAUGAACAUGGGCAAACGGCUGAAACGUAAUCAUACCAUCCCCAACUGAGGGAAGAGACUGAAGGACAGUGGGAUCAUCAGGCCGAAGACUAAAGCUACACUAAUGUGACGGAGAGAAACCGCCAGCAUGGUGUUCUUCUUGAAAGGUCUUGUUCUAAAAGACAUAAAUUGCAUAAUUCAUCAACACUUUGAAUCAGGGGAUUCGAAUAAGAGUCUGCUGACCUCUCCAAGGCUGCAACCAGGAGAUUAGGAACAGCAGUAGUUGUGCCAAACAGCGCUGCUCUUGACCAUGCAGUUUCAAUCACAGCCUGAGAAAAACAACAACAAAAGUGUGCAAACAACCAUCGCACAAAUCGCAAACAUGUCGCUUUUGCUCCCUUUUUACCUUCUUUGCUGCUGCUUUAGAAAAGCCGAUGGGAUUCCCAUCUGAAUCAUACACUUGGAUUCCAGUUUCAAACUCCUCCCCUCUGAUGGUAUAUACGUUCAAGAAGGCAAGAGCAGCUG